GCUUGACUGAGUGAAGCGUCAUCCUUGGUGUAGAGCAGCCCGGUGGCCUUCUCUCGCUGCUCUACAGCCGCUCUUCGCUCCUUUCUCCCUGCGUUCAAACUUGAGUUGCCCCCGAUCAUGACUCCACGGUCCCCUGCUGCAGUCCUCGUGCUGCUUGUAGCCGCCCUGUGCUCCCGGACUUGGGCGGGCGGGUUGGUGAACGAGGACGUGAAGAGAGUGGUGGACCUGAGCACCCACCUGGCUAAAAUCAGCGCGGAGGUCGUGCUGUCCAACCAGGGAUCCUCGGCCGUCAGCAGCUUCAUCCUCGCGGUGGAGCAGGAGUUGGCUCCGCACCUGGCUUACAUCGGAGCCUCGGUGAAGGGCGAUGAAGAGGAUGAUGGCACACUGGACCUUCAGCAGACGACUGUCCAGGGCAAUAGCGGGGAAUUUUAUAAAGUCCAGCUUCCCUCCUCGUUGUCACCUGGGGCUCAGCUCAAAGUGAAGGUGGAGAUGACGUUCAGCCACGUGCUGAUGCCUUUCCCUUCACACAUUACCCAGGCGGAGCGCCAGCUGGUGGUCUUCCAGGGAAACCACUACCUGUACUCCCCUUACCCGACCCGUAGCCAGACGACGAAGGUGCGCUUGGCGUCAAAGACGGUGGAGAGCUACACCAAGCUGGGCAGUCCAAACAAGAACGAUGAUGUCAUCGAAUACGGACCGUUCCGUGAUGUGGCUGCCUUCAGUGAGGAUACGAUGAAGAUCCACUAUGAGAACAACUCGCCCUUCCUCACCAUCAGCAGCAUCACUCGCAUCAUUGAAGUGUCCCACUGGGGAAACAUCGCAGUGGAGGAGACCAUCGACCUGAGACACACCGGGGCGAUGCUGAAGGGACCCUUCUCACGUUACGACUACCAGCGCCAGUCAGACAGCGGCAUCUCCUCAGUCAAAUCCUUCAAGACCAUCCUACCGGCCUCGGCUCAGGACGUUUACUACAGAGAUGAGAUUGGAAACAUCUCCACGUCCCACCUGCAGGUCCUGGAUGACUCAGUGGAGGUGGAGAUCAGACCUCGCUUCCCCUUGUUUGGAGGCUGGAAGACUCAUUACAUCAUUGGCUACAACCUGCCCAGUUACGAGUACCUCUACACGCUGGGUGACCAAUACGCCCUGAAGAUGAGACUCAUCGACCAUGUGUACGACGACCAGGUCAUCGAUUCCAUGACAGUGAAGAUCAUUAUGCCUGAGGGAGCCAAAAACAUCCACGUGGACACGCCAUACAAGAUCGACCGCCAGCCCAACCAGCUGCACUACACCUACCUGGACACCUUCGGGCGGCCAGUUCUGGUCGCCACCAAGAACAACCUGGUGGAGCAGCACAUUCAGGAUGUGGUGGUUCACUACAACUUCAAUAAGAUCCUGAUGCUGCAGGAGCCUUUGUUGGUUGUCGGGGCCUUCUACAUCCUCUUCUUCACCGUCAUCAUCUACGUCCGCCUGGACUUCGCCAUCACAAAGGACCCUGCUGCCGAGGUGCGCAUGAAAGUGGCCUCCAUCACGGAGCAGGUUCUGACCCUGGUCAACAAGCGCCUGGGUCUGUAUCGGCACAUGGACGAGGUGGUGAACCGCUACAAGCAGUCUCGGGACACGGGGGCGUUGAACAGCGGCCGCAAGACUCUGGACGCUGACCACCGCGCACUGACCAAUGAGAUCAGCUCCCUGCAGGCCCGCCUCAAAGCUGAAGGCUCUGACUUGGCUGAGAAGGUCGGGGAGGUGCAGAAGCUGGAUGGCCAGGUGAAGGAGCUGGUCAGUCGCUCCUGCCAGGAGGCGGAGAGGCUGGUUGCUGGCAAGGUCAAGAAGGAGGCGUACAUCGAGAGCGACAAGACUCUGGCCAGCAAGCGACAGGAGCUCAUCGGCCGCAUCGACAGUCUGCUGGACGCUCUGUAGACCAGGAACAGAAAUGAUGGACAGAAAACCAACUCAUGAUUGUCUCGUCCAACUUGUGGUUGACUCUACAUCUCAUCCUGUGGUGAAGUGAGUUCAUCCAAGAGACGGGCUCACCACGUGCUCAUGCGCACCAGUCUUCAUCCCCACUUCUUUUUCUAGUUCUUAAGUUUCCCGAUCUUGGUUUGGAUUUGAUAAGGCCCACCAUUUGUUCACUCUCACUCAGACAUCUGGGUUUCUCCAGCUGGCCGUGAUGGCUUUCUUUCUUUCUUCUCUUGCACUUAAUACAGUUUUUUUUUUUCUACGUGUCCCUGACUGACGUUUAUAUUUGAACAUGUUUGAAGCUCUGAAUCUCCGUUAUGCCAAAACGAGUGUGUUCGUUUCGAGCGGGCAGUUUUGAGAUUAGUGAAAACACAAUGUUGUAAGAACACGUGUGAAAGAAAUGGGCUCUGGAGGUGAAAAAGUCAAAUUUGGAAUAAAACUG